GACCGAUCCAAAUUGGUUUUGGUCACUCACAGUACAUUUGGAAACAAGCCCACCAAGGAAGAAAUUCUGAGCUGGUGAUGGCACCGGCGUUGGGCGGAAGCUCGCCGGGACAUCGUGACGUCGCCAGCCUGAAUUUCAAGGAGACGGAGCUCACUCUGGGACUACCCGGCGAAUCGCGGAUGCAGAAGUCCGGUUCGAAACGUGGGUUUUCGGAGAGGGUUGAUCAGUUGAACCGUGGGAUUAAUACCAUUUUUGUGGGUGAGACACAGGGGGUCAUUUCUAGAGAUGAUCCUUUGGAAGAAAAGGAGGAGAUAUCUGAGUCUGAUCAGGCAGCCCAAUCUCCCAUAUCAAAAGCACGAGUAGUAGGCUGGCCGCCUGUGAAAUCAACAAGGAAAAUAAACAAGGCAUGCAAAUACGUGAAGGUGGCGGUGGAUGGAGCUCCUUAUUUGAGGAAAGUUGAUUUGGAGAUUUACAACAGCUAUCAGCAACUCUUGACUGUUCUACAGGAUAUGUUUAGCUGCUUCACCAUCUGUAAUUACCUGAAUGAGAGAAAGCUUAUGGACCCAGUAAAUGGGUCAGAGUAUGUACCUACAUACGAGGACAAAGAUGGUGAUUGGAUGCUAGUUGGUGAUGUGCCAUGGAAAAUGUUUGUUGAAUCAUGCAAGCGUCUAAGGUUGAUGAAGAGCUCUGAGGCAAUUGGGUUAGGCAGUCCCAAGGGCACCUUCAAAAACGCUCAAGCCCAAGUGGUUAAAGAAGCCUUUGCUUCGCACACUGACGGAAGCAGAUAUUUAACAAAGAGAGAUCCAAAUAUGAAGUUACUUACAGUUUGAAGGGAGAGUGAUAAGAACAAUACAAUUUUGAUGCGAAUAACAAUAACUACGUGGAAAAGUUGGGAGUAAGCUAAAGUUUGAGAGUGUCGUGGCUCUCGAGAAAAGUUUGGGAGUACGCUGAAGUUUAGGAGUGCCGUGGCUCUCGCCCGCAUCCUGUGUCUACCGUUUGACUUGGUGUUUUUCACUAGAGGCUUUUGUUUUCCCCUGCGUUUGUGCAUGUUUAUGAUGUAUAAAAUGAAAUUAGGAGCAUAAUACAGAGCUCCGUUUUCAUUUGAGCAUGGUUAUGAUGUAUGAAAGGAUACGAGGAGCAUAAUACAGAGCUGGGCUUUAGUUAUAAA